AUGUCCGAAUCAAUUUCAAGCAAAGGUUGGCAAAUUGCAGAAUGGGUCUUCGAUGUUCUCUUUGGAGCACAACAUGGAUCCCAGAACCCUGUGAAAUUGCUAGACAAAUGCAUGUUACUUGAGCUGCCAACAGAGAUUCUCCUGCAGAUAUUCUCCUACCUCCCAUUACCAAGCCAGGUGUGCUUAGUCCUCAGUUCAAAGACACUCCAUCGGACUUUCGGUUCAGUGCUUGCAUCAAAGGAAUUACGCUUCUCUCAGAUGCCUCGCAAUGGACGAACAUACGUUGUUACUGAGGAGUAUAAUUUGCGAAUGGCCCUUCUCAUCAAGCUUCAAAAUGUGAGGUGGGUAUGCUGUGGGUGCUGUCAGAAGCUGCAUCCACGCAGAGAGUUCUCAGCAUAUCAGCGGAAAGAUUGUCGCCCGUGGGAAAGAAUCUGCUCAGAGUGGGCUGGUAUAGUUGACCUAUAUCCCUGCAUUUCAUUGACGCUUCGAGAGAGAGCACGCAUUGUGGAGCACCUGAAAGUAUCAGAAGACACUAGUCUGAAUUUGAUCAAAAGGGGCGUGUUGGCGAGAGAUUCUCAUGGACAGCGCCUCCUACAUCAAUGUAAAGCUUACUCACGCAUUCAGAUUGAGAUGAAACUUUGCCUUACAGAGAGUGAGCAGCUCACUGUCACUACCUGCUAUGAAGGACCAAACAUUAUCGCCUUACCAUCAAGGGAAGUGGAUUACCAAAUGCUAAUAUGCUGCUCAAAAACCUGGCUUGACGCCAUGAUCCCUCGGGACAAGCCUUCCUGGAGCUGUCUCAACUGUCAUGCACGAAUAAAAAAUCUGUCAAGUCCCCAGUCAAAUGCGGCCAUAGCCCACGUUGUCCGAUUUCUAGGAUGA